UUUGGUCCAGAUGCGAAGCUGCUACCUGCUGACCGGUGGCCAGAGCAGUCUGAAUGGUGAGCUGUUGACCAGACUGGGUCUCUCUACCUCCCCCUGCUGGAGAGAGGACAGACUGCAGAGAGUUCAGCCCCGCGUCACUGAGGCACUGCUCUGCUACUGGGGUCCCAGGUUCAGGAUGAGCCAGAGAGCAGUAGAUCCUCUCAGACUGUCACUGUGGAAGAACAGACAGCUACACCCUCCCUCUGGUGUGAACCCUAACCCUCGUUACAUUAACCUCCACCCCCUCCGGCCUCACACCUCUAUCCCUCGACCUACCAUCCGCCCAGACACCUCUCUACCCAGAGACCUUACCCCCACACCAGCUCACACACAGACAGGUUAUGCCAGCAGCAGUCCUGUUGUAGGGGCCUGGAGGAUGAAGAGGAUGUUACAGGCUCUAUGUGUGGACUCACAGGCCGGGUUCUACUUCACACGCUACUGUGAACGCUCUGGAAACCCGCUGUGGGAGAAUGCCGUCCACUGCUGGUGUGAUCUGCAGCAGUACCACCAGCUCUUCUACCAAGAUGGACUGGAUCCCUACAGGGUACAGAGACAGGCUCAUUUGCUGUAUUCAACCUACGUGUGCAGUGCUGCCCGUAGUAGCAUUGGGGUGGAGGAGGAGAGCAGAGAGAGGGUGUACACCUGUCUCACUCCCCGCUUGAGGAGCUGUUUGACUGGGUGGAGGAACACACUCUGACCCUCCUCCUGGAGCCCUGGACGCUGCUCACCACCAGGGACACAGAGACCUUCCAG